AUGGGCGGUCGAAACGUUAUUUUCACUGCAGAGCCGAAGAACCUUCAAACAAUGUUAGCGCUCAAAUUUAACGACUUCGAAGUGGGAAAAGUCCGAAUUGAUGCAGGAAUUCCCCUGGUUGGCUUUGGAAUUUUCAGUCUAAAUGGCAAACAAUGGGAGCAUUCACGAGCUCUUCUUCGUCCAAACUUUGUUCGCGCCCAGGUCACCAACACCCGGGUCUAUGAAACUCACUUCAACGAGCUAUUAGAGAACAUUCCUCGCGAUAAAUCCACAGUUGAUUUGCAGAUCUUGUUUAAUCGCCUGACUCUUGAUACCGCAACAGAGUUCUUAUUUGGAGAAUCGGCUCAUUCUUUAAAGAAAGAAGCCUCCCCCUCAGGUUUAUCAUUUGGAAAAUCCUUUGAUAAUGCCCAAAACGGACUCGCUGACCGUUUUCGACUUGGGGUUUUUAUGAAAUUCUACCGAAAUAAGGAAUACUCCGAUGGAGUGAUAGAGACACGUGCUUACGCUGGGAAAUUCGCUCAGAAAGCUAUCGACUACAGACUGGCAGUCACCAGUGGUAACGAUGUUCCUCAGGAUAUCAAGGAAUUGACCGAGAAACAAUAUGUCUUUUCCUAUGAGCUGUCGAAGCAAACGCUUGACAAAGAAGAGAUGAUAGAUCAGAUGAUAAGUAUUUUACUGGCUGGUCGUGAUACAACCGCAAAUCUACUAAGUAUCACAUUUUUUGUGUUAUCUCGGCGAACUGACGUGUGGAACAAACUAAGAGAAAGCGUGCUAGCUCUCAAUGGGGAAAAGCCGUCUUUUGAAGAUUUGAAAUCGAUGACGUACCUAACAUGGGUUCUCAAUGAAAUCUUGCGUCUGUAUCCAAUCGCUCCGUUCAAUACACGAAUGGCCAAAAUGGACACAUUCCUCCCUCGUGGAGGCGGCCCAAGCGGAAAGGACCCUCUUUUUGUCCCUAAAGGAUAUGAGGUUAUGUAUAGUGUUUAUUCUAUGCAUCGGCUUCCUGAGUUUUUCGGACAAGAUGCAGAUGAAUUCCGACCAGAGAGAUGGGAGAAGCUGAGGCCUGGUUGGGCAUAUCUCCCAUUCAAUGGGGGCCCUCGUAUCUGUAUCGGGCAACAGUUUUCCUUGACCGAAGCUUCAUACACCAUUGUGCGCAUGUUGCAGGAGUUUAAGGCUAUUGAAAGCCAUGAUCCAGAACCAUUUGUGGAGGGAUUGGUUCUGGUGUUGACCAGUGCUAAUGGAACGAAGGUUGGCCUGACACUUGCUUGA